AAAAUUGUACUAAUUUCUCAAAUUAAACUUCCACUCUGAAAAAUUAGUAUAAACUUUUGAGCUAAAGAGGAGCGGUGGAUAUCCUUAGGUGCACCUCUUUGCACCCCUAGGUUUAACCGAGAACCGAACCGAAAGAAUCGAGUUAAUUCGAUUCCUGAGAACAAAAAACCGAACAGGAACUGAACUUUUGGAUUUCGAUUCUUUUGUUUCGGUUCUGAAUUAUUUCGGUUCAGUUCUCGAUUUUCUGUUAAAUUUGCCCGCUCCGAGUCACAGGCGGCGGCGCCUCCUGAAACCUCUCGAGCACGGCGAGCGAGAAAGGGUUUGCGGCUUUGCGCCUCUGCGACGAAGAAAGGCGGUGAUGGUGGGCCUUGUGGUCAUGGACGCUCUUAUUGGGCUUUAGCAUAUUAUUGGGCCUUUUCUGCUCAGCCCGGCCCAAGGAGAUGUUCUUUUGGGCCGUUGAUGCGAAGGAGGCUGCUGGCUGGGCGCAUUGGUCUUUGGAUCUGAGAGUGGUGGGCGUCGUCGUCUCGUCGGCAAGCGGAGAGAAGGCUGCCGCGGAUGGCGGCGGGGGCCGCGACGGCGACGCUCCGGUGGGUGCUGCAGCUACACAGGGACGUGCCGCGGGCUGCGCGGUUCUACGCGGAGGGGCUCGAUUUCAGCGUAAACGUCUGCUUAGGGAAAAGGGAUUGAUUCCAUCACCAUCAGUGAUUGAUUCCACCUUCGCCGCUAAGCAAACGCACGCAUUGCUUAGGUUGGGUGGUGCCCCAGCCAAUCACAAUCGGAUCGCUUGCAUCCAAGUCAGGAUUUUGAUGGCGGCGGGGGUGCUGUCCAACAGCGUCGACCGGGAGGACCUCGCCGCCGGGGAUCACAUCUACUCAUGGCGGGCCGCCUACCUCUACGCCCACCACGGGAUCUAUGUUGGGGACGGGAUGGUCAUCCAUUUCACCAGAGCAGCCGGCCACGAGAUUGGCACGGGGACCUUCCUGGAUUCCUUCCUCUUCAGCUCCUCCUCGCCGGCGGCGGCGGCAACCACCUGCCAGCGAUGUGGCCACCUGGCACAAGGACGUGAGGGGGUCGUCAUGUCCUGCCUCGACUGCUUCUUGCACGGCGGCAGCCUCUACCUCUUCCACUACGCCGUCUCGCCCGCCUUCUUCCUCGCCAAGGCGCGCGGAGGGACCUGCACGCUGGCCGCCUCCGACCCUGGCCAUGUCGUCAUCCACCGCGCCCGCUACCUCCUGGACAAGGGGGGAUUCGGCGCCUACUCCCUCUUCAAGAACAACUGCGAGGACUUCGCCAUCUACUGCAAGACGGGGCUGCUCGUCGAGACCGCUUUCAGUGUUGGCCGCAGCGGCCAGCUCGCGUCCCUCACGGCCGCCUUCAGCGCGGUGGCCUCGUCGCCGCUGCGUUUCCUCACCACCAGCGCCGGCGGCCUCGCCCUCGUCACCACCGGCAUGUACUGCGUCGGCCGGUAUGUCUCGGACAUCGGCGUUCGCCGGGAUGUGGUCAAGAUCCCUGUCCAGACCCUUGUUGCGCAGGCUACUCCUGCUGCUAUGGAGGCAGAGGUCGCAGCAGCAGGAGCAGUCGGAGCUUCCUCGCCUGCUUGCUGAGAGACACCAUUCCCAUCCUUUGCAAUGUCAUGUAUUGUGAGUUCCAAGCUGACGACGAGAAUCUGAUCUGCUGUAUCAAUUUGCACUCACUUAUGCAGCAGGAGUCUUAUUAUGUCUGUCUGUCUUUCUGUUACACAGCUGAAUCUUAAAAUGGAACA